AUGCGUUGGUCGCUUUUGGUUGGAUCGACAUUGAUUUUCACUUGGUCAUCAGCAACUCCAUCCCCACAACCAGCCGCAUCAGUCGGGAGACCUCUUCGUCAAGCCACUCGAGAAUCAGUCAUUGCUUCUAUCCGCCGAAAAGCUCUUGGUCCACAACGAAGACAAACGUCUAAUGCUCCAUAUCCCGUAUGUCCUGGUGAACAAGCAUCAGAUUUACUACAUGCCUUCCCUUGGGCUGUCUAUCCCGAUACGAUUGGAACGUAUGAUGAAUCUUCCGAUUUGAUCAGUGCCACAACUGCUACAUCAUUAGACGCUUGUAUAUUACUUUGUCAAUUGGCUCUUUUAUGCAUCGACAUUAGCUGGCAACCUUCAGAGGACGACAAUUGUUAUUUGUUAAGCGGCACUCAAACUGCAUUGACAUAUUCUCCCGGUAUCUCAGCUGUGUUCCGGGAUAACGCUUGUGCCAGCUUAGCUGGAAGUGCCAACGGGAGACCAUGUUGUAAUAUAUACACGACUUUGUUAUAG